GGUCCGUCGUUUUUAGUGUUCCGGGGUUUUCCAUGAUGGCGGUACCUGCAGGACGGUCUGUGGUGUUCGUGACUGGAAAUGCUAAAAAACUGGAAGAGGUAAAAUUCGAUGUUUUCAUAACAGAGACAAACUGAAAGAGAGAGCUGUUUUUAUCAGAAUAUUUAUUGAUACUUAUUGAUGAUAUACGAGCUGUAGAAGGAUCCAUCACCCCCCUAGUUUCAUGGGGCACAAAAACAGUCCUCAGACUUACUCAGUUUUUUUUUUUUGAAAGUCAGUUAUGAACCGAUUUGUGUACAAAAUGGUCAAUUUUAUUUAAAAAGUUUUAAAAAGUCCUUCCCUGCAGCUGCUAGUAAGAAAGGCUCUGCUGUUAUUAAAGCUCCUUUGAGGAACUUCCAGUCUGUGUCAGCUUUGUCGCCCCCCUGUGGACGAAGUUCUUUUUGCUUCUGUUGUCCUCUACAUGCCGAAAUGGUGACUUUGGUGACUCCUGCUGACUUUUGACUGCCAAAUGUAUCUUUUAUCAUUUAUUGUGGAGAAUGUAAAAAGGGCUGUUUCCUUAACCGCUUUGUUGACACCCACCCCUCACACUUUCUCAGACGACCAUCACAGAAUAAAAAUUUUUAAUCUUGUUGCUGAUAGUCUAAUCAUUAAAACUUAUCAAUGUGAAAUUAAGUCUAUUUCAUUGAUGUAAAAAAAAAUCUUUGCUGGAGCUUAACCUUUGAACAAAGAUUCUCUAUUAAAGAGCUUCUCCACAGCGUCGAACAUAGAGGUUAAAGCAAAAAGACCAGACUGAAAUGAGAGAAAAACAUUUAAAAUUGUGGGUUUAUGAAUUGCUGAGUGUCAAAGCCACAUGAAAAAUGAACAUUUUGAAGUCAACCUACUACAGGAAUAAAGUAUUAGGAAAUUAGAUUUUAAUGUUUUGAGGUAAAAGUCACAUUGAUUCAAAAGUAAAGUACCAGUAAAAGGAUUAUAUGAGCACAAAGUUAUAAUGUUAUGACAAUAAAGUUGUAGUUUUGGUUUACAGUGAGCAGCCUGCUGUCUCCACUUAAAUAAGGAACAUAGAGCAUCUGGUUAAAGACUGAGCAAAAAGCUGAGACAUUUGGUAACCCCCCUUCAAAACAACAUUACAAGGCUAAUCAUUGACCAACUCUGAGUAUUUCCAUAAACUGAUGUAGUGCACAAACCUACUGAUUUACUCAGAUUAUGUUCCUGUGAUACAUGAAAAGUCUGAUCAGAGGACCUGCUGCUUUUAUAAUAUAAAACACUUUUUCAAAGUCAUCAGAAAUGAAACAAUUAUGAUGCUUCACUUAAUUUAAACUAAUCUAAACAUACUUUGUGUAAUAUAUUUAAUAUCUUUGGAAAAUGCUGCUAAAUGCUACCUUUAAAUUAAGAAGCUGGUUCAGUUGCAGCAUAUAUGUUUGAUACAAAGCUGCAAAAGUGCUGUGAAAUAAAGAUGUGUGUUCUCAUGAGUACAAAUGUGAGUUACUGUUUAUGUUGCUAACAGCAGUUGACCUUUUUCAUUUUUCUCAGGGGUUUUGGCUGUGAGGGAAAAGUUACUAUUUGUUUAGCUUGUUGUUUUGUUUUUAUUUUAUACUUCAGGUCAUCCAGAUCCUCGGAGACAAGUUCCCCUAUAAACUGGUGUCCAGAAAGAUUGACUGUAAGUAUCAGAGAUAAAGCUGCAUCUAUCCAUCAAUUAGAAGUUAUAACUCUUUUCUAUAUUUCUAUUCUACGAUAGUAAACAAAUAGUCAUUGAGCUUUAUACAAAGCAAGCAAGACAAUUCGAUGCAAAAAUAGGUUCAAAUAAACUGUGUAAUUCACCUGUAAAACCGAUUAAUCACUCAGAGCAUAAUAGGCAGAUUGGUCACACUAGGCACAAAAAAACUACACUUCUAGAGAGAGUCUUCACUUCAUAUGUGCCAAAUACUGCAGUUCUUCUUAUGUCCACUAGAGGCUGUGUUCUUCAGUAGGCGAGUCCCCAUAGAGCUCCAUGUUCAAACAUAACAGCAGGAAAAAAAAACAUGUUUACACCCUUGAACAAAAAAAAAAGUUUGGGUCUGUGUUGCUCAUCUCUUUAUUUAUGACAACUGUACAGACUGAAUUUAUGGACGAGAGUACUCACAAGAUUAAGGAUCAAAACACAUUUUUACAUUAGUUUAAGGACUAAUCUCAUCUGUUGACAUCAGAUUAAGGAUUAAAUUUAACUGUUUACAUUAGACUGGAUCAGCAAUCAGCAUUUUCAGUUAAAUGACACCUAUCUUUGGGUUUCAGAACUCUUCUCUAGAGAUCAGUGGAUAACUUUAUGUAUAUUCACUGCAUGGCCACACCCCCAAUCAGAAUCAGAAAAGAAAGCAGCAGGCAGGUUCAUCUAAUAUUUACAGACUAAUUGUUGUUUCUUUCAGUGCCAGAGUUUCAAGGAGAGCCAGACGAGAUCUCCAUACAUAAGUGUAAAGAGGCCGCUCAGCAGGUACAGUACCUACAAUUAAAUGUAAUCUUUUAUUUUUAAUGUUCAUUUGAUGUGCAUGUGCCCAAUGAGUGCAGAUCAAACCUCGUAAGACCACAAAGAACAAAUCAACAGGGUAACUACAAAGUUUUUCCAGCAGAGCUUUAUAGUUUACAAUCCUCUCAGCACUGUCUGCAGCACAAGUGGCAGAGCGUCACAGCUGAACAGGUGAUGGUCCUUAAAAACUGGAUUAAAAAACUGUUGACAUGGCAGCUCCACAAGAGUGAAGCUAAAACAUUCAGCACUCCCCCUGGAUCAAACGAGAAAGUCCAAAUCCAGGUCAAAGAAGUGUUUCUGUCAUUAUACUUACUUCUUAACAUGCGGAUUUACGUCUGUGUGUUUGUUUUUCUGUCUAGUUCAAUUUGAAUUACUUACUUGGUGCUGUACAGAGAGCCCUAACAGCAUGAUUGACUGCUGUGUUGACCAAUGAGACUCCUGCAGGGCUGUGAACACCAGAUUAUCAGGGAGGGAAACAAUGAGAGGAAACAUGAAAGCUACCAUAAAAGUCAUUUUUCAUUUCAGUGCAAAAUCUACCUGAAAAACAUCUGUUUUUUUCUCCGAUUGCUGAAAAAUCUGUGCUCAUUCUCUUAAAUCAGUGUCAUUCUCAAAAUCCCUCAUCACUGAGCCCCUUAUUCUGACAAUUUUUUUUGUCAUUCAAUUCCCGCCUCAGGUAGACGGGCCGGUUAUAGUGGAGGACACUUGUCUGUGUUUCAGGGCUCUAGGAGGUUUACCCGGUCCUUACAUGUGAGUACAAUAUCUGCUCUUGUUUCAUCAGUUAUUUUAUCUUUAAGAACAAAAAUAUGGACAGAAAUAAUCAAAACUUGACUUUGUUUAUGCAGAAAAUGGUUCCUGGAUAAACUCAAGCCAGAGGGUAAGUUUUUUAUGUAGCAUCGUGGUCCUUGAGAAUUAAAAUUCAAUCUCAUUGUGUCCUCGUAUUUGGUUAAAAUGAUAAAAAAACUUGACAUGAAGUUUGUGAAAAAAAAAUGCUCUGAUGUGUUUGAAUCUUCUGUUUUAGGUUUGUACAAACUGCUGGCUGGGUUUGAGGAUAAAUCAGCGUGGGCUCUCUGUACUUUUGCGUUCACUGCUGGUAAAGAUGAACCGGUCGAGCUGUUCAGAGGGAUAACAGAGGUCGGUCUAUCGCUCUCUCAUUGUGAGAGGACAUGUGCACAGCUCUUAUUGUCUAUUAAAGAGGUGUUUUUGGUGAUUUUUAGGGACACAUCGUGGAGCCAAGAGGCCCCAGAGAUUUUGGAUGGGAUCCUUGUUUCCAACCAGACGGUUAUGACAAAACGUGAGUGUCCUUUAUAAACCAGCAGGGGGAGCUAGAGGCUAACACACAGCUGUUUGUUUUAGUCAAGUUUGAAUUGGUUCAUGCAAAGUUUGUGAGCAGAAGUGAAGGAAGAUAACAAGAGGGAGAAAUGUAAUUAUUAAAGUCUGAUUAAUUAAUAAAGUCUUACAGUCUGAGGCUGAAGUGUAAGUCCUCCUGUUAGUCUAAAUGUUUGAUUAAAGAGAUCUGUCAUUUAGGUAAGACUGACAUUUCAAUAUUUUCUUUAAAUUAAGAGAGUAAAUGAUUUAUUAUUCCUCAUCUUUGUCCUUAUUCCUACAUUUCUCCUCAGUCAGAGCCCCUAAAGUUAUUCAUAAAACCUACAAAAGCAUUCAUGUUUACUGACUGUAUCAUGUCCCCCUUCUCUGCAGAUACGCUGAGCUCCCUAAAGAGGUGAAGAACAGUAUCUCUCACCGUUAUCGAGCGCUAGCUGCCAUGUCUGAACACUUCUGUAAAUCCAACAACACCUCACCACAGAGCAAGAAGAAGAAGCAGGUGGACUGAGGCUCUCACUCUGCUGUACUGACUUGAUUGUAAUGAUGCAGAUCUACGCACUAUGAGACGUAUUAAUGUCAAAUCAGAAAACAGGACCACAGAUUUGUGAUCUGAUUGUUUAUGUGCUGAAAAGAUGUCAUAAUAAAACUUAUUGUUUUUUUAAACUUUUAGUUGA